CAACUACACCGUCGCUAUCAUGGAUGAAGAAUACGACGUUGUUGUCCUCGGAACUGGGCUAACUGAAUGUAUCCUCUCAGGUUUGCUCUCCAAGGACGGCAAGAAGGUCCUGCACAUGGACCGCAAUGAGUAUUAUGGUGGUGACAGUGCCAGCUUGAACUUGACACAGCUAUAUCGCAAGUUCCGCCCUGACCAAGCGCCUCCUGGCGAACUCGGUCGCGAUCGCGACUAUGCCGUCGAUCUUGUUCCCAAAUUCAUUAUCGCCACCGGAGAGCUAACCAACAUAUUGGUUCGCACAGAAGUUACCCGCUAUCUCGAGUUCAAACAAAUCGCAGGAAGCUUCGUCUAUCGUGAUGGCAAGAUCUCAAAAGUGCCUAGCACCGAAAUGGAAGCCGUAAGGAGCCCGUUGAUGGGUCUCUUUGAGAAAAGACGGGCAAAGAAAUUUUUUGAGUUCCUGCAGAAUUGGAAGGACGAUGAUCCUGGGACUCAUCAAGGCGUCGACCUCGAUAAAGAUAGCAUGAAGACCGUCUACGAGAAAUUUGGACUCGAACCUGGUACCCAGGAUUUUAUUGGGCAUGCAAUGGCUCUCCAUCUUGACGAUGACUACAUCCACAAAAUUGCACGAGAAACAUACAGUCGGAUUGUUCUUUAUACUACUUCCAUGGCUCGUUACGGCAAAUCCCCCUACAUCUACCCACUUUACGGUCUAGGAGAGCUUCCCCAAUCUUUUGCACGUCUCAGUGCCAUUUAUGGUGGUACUUACAUGCUCGACAAACCGAUCGACAAGAUCGAGGUCGGAAGCGAUGGCAGAUUUACUGGCGUUACCAGUGGUGGAGAGACAGUGAGGGCCAAACAAGUCAUCGGGGACCCCAGUUAUUUCGGGGCAGGAAAAGAAGUUGAAGGCAAAGUGCGGGUAGUCGAAGAGCGCAAAGUGGUUCGGGCUAUUUGCAUACUCAAGCACCCUAUACCAGGCACGGAGGACGCUGACAGUUGUCAAAUCAUCAUACCUCAGAAUCAAGUGGGCAGACGAGGCGACAUUUACAUCGCGAUGGUUUCUUCGACCCAUAACGUCUGUGCCAAAGAUGUCUAUGUCGCUAUUGUUUCAACAAUCGUGGAAACAGACAAGCCUGAACUCGAGAUCGCUCCUGGUUUGCAUUUGCUUGGGCCCAUCUAUGACAAGUUUGUCUCCAUUUCUCCUCUGUACACGCCGACGUCAUCCGGUGUAGACGACAACAUCUUCAUCACCCGAUCGUACGAUGCUACCUCACACUUUGAAACAGUUGUUGAAGACGUCAAGGACGUGUGGAAGAGAGUCACAGGAAUUGACCUCGUUUUGGAGGAUAAGCAAGUUGAGGUUCAGAACUAGACUAUAAACCACAUAGGUCCAUAUUCACCCACGCACUUCCAC